UAAGCAACAGGCCCAGCUUCGACACCCACUGCGGAAGGGCCCUAUUGAGGAGAGUCGAGUACCAAUGGCGUGGAUGUCCGAGCUCGGCUUUGAAAGAGGCGACCCCUUUUCUCCCUGCCAGUGUGUGCCUUGUUUUCCUUCUCGAGGAGAAGCGGGGAAGGACUCGCUUCCUUUCCAAGGCAUUCUCGUCGGCAGCGCAGGAGGCAAAGUCGGGGCUCGACUGAUCCGGCCUAGAGCGCGGGCGAUUUGAUGGGCUCUGGAACCGGCUCAGGGAAGAAAGACCCCUCCUCCUUUGUCUGGAAUCCGGAUGGCGUCCGCUCUGGAAGAUCCUGUUUUGAUUCGUCAUUUUAAAGGUCACAAAGAUGCAGUCACUUGCGUUGCUUUCAGUCCAAAUACUAAAAUGCUUGCCACCUCUUCUCUGGAUAGGUUUCUCAUGAUGUGGAAUUUGAGGCCAAAUUCAAAAGCCUUCAGGUUUGUGGGUCAUUUAGAAGCUGUAACUAGUGUGCAGUUUUCACCAGAUGGAUACCUGUUGGCAUCUGCUUCUGAAGACCGAACUGCCAGACUAUGGAUUCCUUGCAUCCAUGGUGAAUCCACAUCAUUAAAGGGCCAUACUGCUCCUGUCCGCAGUGUGAACUUCUCAAAUGAUAGUCAGUUUCUAGUCACUGCAUCUAAUGACAAGUCAGUGAAAGUGUGGAGCAUUUGCAGCCAACAUCUUUUGUUUUCUUUAUCCCAGCAUACACACUGGGUGCGUUGUGCAAAAUAUUCACCAGAUGGAAGAUUAGUAGUGUCUUGCAGUGAAGAUAAAACUGUUAAAAUCUGGGAUAUAAGAAACAAGAUAUGUAUUAAUAAUAUAAUAGAUUAUGAUGGUUUUGCAAACUACGUAGAUUUUAAUCCUGAUGGUACAUGUAUAGUUUCUGCUGGUUCUGAUCACACAGUGAAGUUUUGGGAUAUUCGAAUAAACAGAUUACUGCAGCGUUAUAAAGUUCACAGGGCAAGUGUUAAUUACACAUCUUUCCAUCCUUCUGGUAACUUUCUCAUAACAGCAUCUAGUGAUGGAACACUUAAGAUAAUGGAUCUUGUAGAAGGAAGACUCUUAUACACACUUCACGGGCAUGAGGGCCCGGUGCUUUCUGUAGCUUUUUCAAAAGAUGGGGAGACAUUUGCUUCUGGUGGCACAGAUACACAGGUGCUGCUCUGGAAAACAAAUUUUGAUGCAUCUGAAUAUAAGCAAGUUCUGGAAAAGCAUAUGCAAAGAUUACAUAGUGAUGAUCCACCUCACCUUCUGGAUAUUUACCCUCGAUCCCCUCAUUGCCAUGAUGCAAAAUCACAGUCAGUUGAGAUAAAUCCCAACUUUGAUGUAACAAAUAUGCAAAUAUUAGACCCUCCUGUUGUAAAUAUCGCUUCAUCACCUACGUUUCCCCCAUCAUGGCAGGUCUUUCCCAAAUAUCAUUAAGAUGCAAGCCCUGACAAAGAAGCUGCCAAACAUUUUCUGGAUGAACAUCAAGUUCAUCCAUAACAGAAGGGAACUAUUUGCUUGAACAAAUAUUCAGUGUGAACAAAACCAGGUUAUACUGGGGGAAAAAAUGCCAGAGUGGACCUUCGUACGCAAAGAGGCAAAAGCAAUGCCUGGAUGUAAAGCAUUUGAGAAUACAGUAACCUUUCUAUUGGGCAAACAGUUACCAGAUUCAAGCUGAAACCAUUUUUGAUCUACAAAUCAGAUAACUCCUAUACACUACCUGUUUAUUACCAAUCUGGUUGGAAGACUUGAAUGAGACAAGCCCUCUUUGAAGAUUGAUUUAUGAAUUGUUUCAUACGCCAGGUUAUAACACCAGCAUGACAGGAUAUUAGCAUGAAAUAAAUGCAAGAUUUUUGAAAAAAAUGUUCUUGUAAAUAAAAUUGAAGAAUUUGGCCAAAACAAAAAUUUGGAUGAAAUAAACAAGAAAAUGCCAAUACGCAUGAAAUCUCUUGAUUUAGAGGUUAAUACUGAAAGAUGUGGAAAAAAAUGUUCUCAAUUUUAGCGUGAUAUCCUAGACUGAAUGAGAGCUUUCAAACAAAGAUUUAAUUGUAAGAAAAAUUGGUAUGGAUUCAAAUGUAGAAAGUUUUGGAAAGGUACUCCAGGAAAUACAUGAAAUCUUAAUGUGUCAAUUGUGAAAUAUAUAAAGACAAAAGAAAAAAACAGGCAAAUCAAAUUUAAUGAGUUUUCUAAGAAAGUUACUCCUUCCUCAACUCCAUUUCCCUCCCCAUCAUCCAGAGAAUCCAACAGAAAAGAUCUUGGCAAAGAUUUAACUAAUUUAAUGUUUACAGGAAAUGUAAAGUGUAAAUUCUGAUGUAUAUUCUCUCUUUUAAUUUUUAUAUUGGACUAUUAUGUCUUAUUUAGUAGUUAUAUAAUAAACCAUUUUUUCAUACAUUGAAUUUCUAUUUAGGCACAAAAAUAUGCAUACAGUAUUAAACCAAAGCUUAAAAAUGUUUUAAAGUUUUAAAUUGUCACAAUAACAUGCAAAGAUUUAAAAGAUAGUAAUAGAAUAACAGUUGGAAGGACCCUAUAAUAAAUGUAAUAGUUAAUGUAAUAAAUUAUUAAUGUUUUAUGGCAAAAAUAUGUUAGAAUUAGAUAUUUGAAGUAGAAUGUACAAAAUGUUGUUAAAAAUGUCCACUCCAUAAAAGAUAAAUGAAAUUUGAGUGUGGAAAACUGAAAUAAACCAUAAAUACACUUGGAGUCACACCUACACUACCAUGAUUUUCAUUUACUGACUGUUUUGCUUGACUGGAAUCCAGUUGCUAAAAAGAAAUGAGUCUAAUCACCCAAAUUCAUAUAAAUAACUGUCUGCCUAACUUUGGAGGAGUGAUUGUUCAGUAUUGGAGUUGGGUUUAAGAAAAAGUUGGUUAGGGGUUCUUUAUACAAUUCUGGGUUCUACACUGUGAAAUUUAUUAUAUUGGCACUUGUCUAGAAAAAUCAGUACACUGUUUUUUAGCUUAAAUAUUUCUAGUGUUGCAUAAUGUUCUAUUUGUAGUUAAGGAGUCUUUUGAAUAAAUAAUUUACAACUGU